UUUUUCUUCCUCGGGGAGCCACGGCGCUCUCCGGAAGCGUUUCCAACUUUCCAGAAGUUUCUUAGAACGGGCAGGAGGGGGUGGGGACAGCCAUAUAUAGAUCCGGAGCCCGGGGCAGUGAGUUGAGUAGAGCCUGUCUGAGACGAGUGUCCCGUCGGUCCCGGAGCAGCCCAGCCCGGCCCAGAAUGAAAAAGGCAGGCAGUGAUCUCCCUCUGAGGCAGUUUCAAGGUCCUCUGUGGUGCACACAGCUCACCUCUCAGCCAUGCGCUCUCUCCUUCUGGCCGCUUUCUGCCUCUUGGCUGUGGCCCUGGCAGCCGAGGUGAAGAAGCCUGUAGAGGCCGCAGCCCCUGGUACCGCGGAGAAGCUGAGUUCCAAGGCAACCACACUGGCAGAGCGCAGCACAGGCCUGGCCUUCAGCUUGUAUCAGGCUAUGGCCAAAGACCAGGCGGUGGAGAACAUCCUCCUGUCACCCUUGGUGGUGGCCUCAUCCCUGGGUCUUGUGUCACUGGGUGGUAAAGCCACCACCGCAUCGCAGGCCAAGGCCGUGCUGAGCGCUGAGAAGCUGCGGGAUGAGGAGGUGCACACGGGGCUGGGUGAGCUGCUGCGCUCCCUCAGUAACUCCACCGCUCGCAAUGUGACCUGGAAACUGGGCAGUCGCCUGUACGGGCCCAGCUCGGUGAACUUCGCCGAGGACUUCGUGCACAGCAGCAAGCAGCACUACAACUGUGAACACUCCAAGAUCAACUUCCGAGACAAGCGCAGCGCCCUGCAGUCCAUCAACGAGUGGGCCUCGCAGACCACCGACGGCAAGCUGCCCGAGGUCACCAAGGAUGUGGAGCGCACGGACGGGGCGCUGCUCGUUAACGCCAUGUUCUUUAAGCCACACUGGGAUGAGAAAUUUCAUCACAAGAUGGUGGACAACCGUGGCUUCAUGGUGACUCGCUCCUAUACUGUGGGUGUUACAAUGAUGCACCGGACAGGCCUCUACAACUACUAUGAUGACGAGAAGGAGAAGCUGCAGAUCUUGGAGAUGCCCCUGGCCCACAAGCUCUCCAGCCUCAUCAUCCUCAUGCCCCACCACGUGGAGCCCCUCGAGCGCCUGGAGAAACUGCUGACCAAAGAGCAGCUGAAGACCUGGAUGGGAAAGAUGCAGAAGAAGGCUGUCGCCAUCUCUCUCCCCAAGGGAGUGGUGGAGGUGACCCAUGACCUGCAGAAACAUCUGGCUGGACUGGGUCUGACGGAGGCCAUUGAUAAGAACAAGGCUGACUUAUCGCGUAUGUCUGGCAAGAAGGACCUGUACCUGGCCAGUGUGUUCCAUGCCACCGCCUUCGAGUGGGACACAGAUGGCAACCCCUUUGACCAAGACAUCUACGGGCGUGAGGAGCUGCGCAGCCCCAAACUCUUCUACGCCGACCACCCCUUCAUCUUCCUGGUGCGAGACAAUCAGAGCGGCUCCUUGCUGUUCAUUGGGCGCCUGGUCCGGCCCAAGGGAGACAAGAUGCGAGAUGAGUUGUAGGGUCCCAGAGUGAGCAUGGCAUGGCAGGAAGUGGCCAAAGGUUCCUGAGACACAUGGGUGCUAUUGUCGGGGGAGGGAGGGUUACCAACCUUGGAUAUUCCACGGGGCGGGGGGUUGGCAAUGCAGAUCAGAAUUCCCGUAUGUCUGAGUGGACAUUUCUAGCUAAAAUCCACUCCUCUAGGAUAUGGGGCCCAGAUACUCUGAUGCCAAAUUCUGGAGUGUCUCAGUCAUCCUGUCCUGCCCUCCAGGUUCUAGAUCCAAUCUGCCUCAAACAGUCCAUCAGUGUUCAUAUUUAUGGCCAAGUCCUUUUUUGAUCUGUGAGACAAUCGAGUUGGGGGUAGGGCAGCCCUCCUUGUCACCAUCCCCUCAGCGCUCCCCAGUUCUCUUGCCCAUCUCCCAACUCCCUUUAACCACAAAACUAGGUGCUGCAGCCCCAGGACUGGCCACCCUUAAAAUGACGCUUGCCCACCAGCAGUGGGAGUUGGGAGACAGAGACAGAACGUAGGAGGGGCUCCCUGGCCUACCCUGCUCUGGAGCCACCACACUGGGUCCUGCAGGGGUGAACUUUCGGUUUUCUCCUUUUGUAGUUUUUCAAAGAUGGGGAGGGACAGGGGGAACAUGAGCCUUUGUUGUUUUCAAAAUGAGAAGUUAAUUUGUACAAUUUUUUUUUGAAUAAAACUUUUCCAAUAAAAUGUUA